UAAAAGUGAAACGUAUAUGCAAACACAAAACUCAAAUGAUACAGUCAAGCUUUAGACGUUAAUAAAUAAAAAGUAAAAGCAUGAACGUCCCACAAUUUUAAAUCUCCUUGUAUUGGACUUUUGAUUUUCCGUAUAAACUUCGUUAAUCUAUUAUCUAGAGUAGAUUUAUUUUACUUGUAAACUAAAAUCAAAUGUUUUUGACGACUUGGUGGGAUAUAUUCAUAUAUAUAUAAGGCAUGCAUGUUUCUCACGCAGCAUUGCUCAAUCCACAAAAGUAAAAAAAAACAAAAACACACACACGAACAUUUCUAUUUGAGAAAAAAAAAAAUGAAAGGUCUUUUGCAUUUUCUUUUAGCUAAAAUCAUUUUGUUGGCUUUAGCAUCUUCGUUUGUAUAUUGUUACGACCCAUCCUCUCUUCAAGACUACUGUGUUGCCACCAACGAAACUAAUGGAGUUUAUGUAAAUGGAAAGUUCUGCAAAGAUCCAAAAUGUGUAACGACGAAUGAUUUCUAUACUUCCGGCUUAAACGUCCCCGGAAACACCAGCAUCGGUCCCGGCUCCAAAAUCACCGUCGUGGAUGUCGAAAGAAUGCCUGGUCUCAACACUCUUGGGGUGGACAUUGCCCGCUAUGACUUCGCCCCGGGUGGUCUAGACCCACCUCACACACACCCGCGUGGCAGCCAGAUCUUCUUAGUCAUGAAGGGCAAGCUUUUCGUUGGAUUUGUGUCGUCGAAUGAAUACAACUACACGCUCUUCACCAAAGUUCUUUAUCCGGGAGAUGUAUUUGUGUUUCCCAAAGGUUUGAUACAUUUUCAUGCGAAUUUUGGGAAGACAAAUGCGGUUGUGAUUUCUGCGGCUGGGAGCCAAGAGCCCGGUAGGAUCAUAAUAGGUGAUGCGGUUUUCGGAUCGAAACCUUUGAUUGAUCCCAAGGUUUUGGCUAAAGCUUUUGCGUUGGACUUGAACAAAGUGAAAUAUCUUCAGGCAGUGUUUUCUUGAUUUUUUUUUUUUUUUGUGAACCAGGCAGUGUUUUCUUGAUGACAUACGUAAUUAUAUAGCCUACGAGAAUAAUGAUAAAAUAUAGAUAACUAGUGUAGUGGAUCGUGCUUUGCACGGCCUAAAUACCAAACGUUAGAGAUGGUAAGAACUAUAAUGUAAUAGCACAACAUAGCUCUAUAUCAGUCUCAUCACUUAUCCUUCUUCUAAGUAAAUCUUAAC